GCCCGACCUGCACGACCCCCAUGUCCGGCCUCGACAACUCGACUGCGUCCCUCGGCGACGCGCAGCUUCCGCCCCAGCUCCAGCAGCGCCUCGAGGAGGAGGUCGCCCGGUUCCAACACAGCACCUCGGUCGACGACGACCUCGCCCAGACGACGGCCCGCCACGACGCCCUCCUCAAGGACAAGGUCGCUGCCGUGCACGCCCAGAACGAGCAUGCCAAGGACGUCGCGCAGCAACACGGUCCCUCCGACCCGCCCAACGACGCGCUCCAGGGCAAGGCGCACACGCACGGCGAGAACGACCCGGUCGCGGCCCUCCAGGAGGGCGUCGACAGCAAGCGAAGCGCCGUCGCCGCGCAACGGGCAGAGCUGUCGGACCUCGAGGAGCGGCUGAGGCGGGCGGACGAGGUUGAGCAGCGGUUGCGGGCGGCGCUCGGCGAGAAGGCGUGAGUGAGGCUUGUGUGCGUCCUGGAGGAACGAGGGGCGAGGCGCGCUCUCUGUACAUAGUCCGCAACCGCAGGCUCUUUGUGUUUCUCUCGUU